CGGACUUCUUCUUCCAAGCACAUCAACAGAACCUGGGCCGUUUUAGCCCCUUCGUCAUCGUGCGGCUGCGUCAAGACGUUCUUUUCCUCUCCGGCGUUUCUGUUCCAUCGUCCAGAAAUUUCCCAGACGUCGACUCCAUAGUUAAUCACACCAGGCCGCUGCCGACUUGGUUUCUCGAACCCUUCUCGCCUUCCCCCACACAACACUCUCCACCAUGUUCGGUCGCAAGAACCGCAACGAAUCUCCUGAGGGCAGGGUCCCGUCAGAGGAGACGGACCGUACGCUGACUCCUGGUAUCGACGGUCCCACGAAGGCUCAACUCAAGAGAGCAACUCGCACUCGCAUGAUCUGGGCUUUGAUCUCAUCCUUCUUCCUUCUCCUCGCAGUCAUCUUCUUGAUCCUGGUAGAGAUUGGUUGCACCGGCACUGGAAGCAUCAAGAGCAGCAUUUACUUCAUCAACAUCAACUUGACCAACAUCUUCCCUGAGAGUGUUCCCGACGCCGCUAUCAUCAACUCUAUUGCCCAGACUAUUGGUCUGCACGAUUUCUACCGUGUCGGACUUUGGGGCUUCUGCGAGGGCUACAAUGGACAAGGUGUAACCGACUGCUCGAGUCCCGAGACUCUGUACUGGUUCAACCCCGUGCAGAUCAUCCUCAACCAGCUGCUGUCUGGUGCAACUAUCACACUGCCCACAGACCUUACUGAUAUUCUGGGACUGAUCAGAGUCGUCUCGCACUGGAUGUUUGGUCUCUUCCUUGCAGGCGCCUGCUUGUCUUUCGUGAUGAUGCUCUUGAACCCUCUGGCCGUCUUCUCCCGCUGGCUUACCCUCUUCACUGGUAUCUUUACCUUCUUGGCCGCUCUCUUCACCACCGUCGCCACCGUCAUCGCAACUGUCAUGUUCAUUAUCAUGCAGAACGCCUUCACUUCUGUUGAGGAGCUCAACAUUGGCGGAGAGCUGGGCACCAAGAUGUUCGCAUUCAUGUGGAUCGCCGCUGGCUCAUCGAUCAUCGCUUGGUUGAUUCAGACCAGUCUCUGCUGCUGCUGUGCCAGCAGAAGAGACGUCAAGAAGGGAAAGAAGACUGGAAGCAAGAAGGCAUGGAAGACAGAGACUCCUGGUGUCGCUGAGAAGUGAUCCAAGCCCGGAUUCUUCGGACACAAAUACAAAAUCGCAACAUAGAAGAAGGAGUCGAAAGUGUACCAUAGAACGACAGAUGGUCUGUGUAUUUAAGGGAAGCCUGGACAUGGCGUUUUGGUUGUGCAUAUGUGAAGCGAUUGGGCUGGAAAUAUUUAAUGUACCUAGAAUAACGAUAUCGAGUUAACGUGUAAUGUACGAAAGUCAUGACUUUUCUGCCAC